AUGGCUGCAAUUAGGGUUCUUCCCAUCACUCUACUUUUACUAUCAUGCCUUGUUACAUUCCAAGUUAGUUCAAUGGCUGGGAAAGUGCACAUGAACAAGCCCGAUAAAGGCCUCAUUGUUCGGCUUCAAGGAGAAAACAGCGGCGAGCUAAUGGACUGUUGGAAUGCAUUAUUUGAGUUAAAAUCAUGCACGAAUGAGAUCGUACUUUUCUUUUUUAAUGGAGAUAGUUACUUGUCGACGGAUUGUUGUAGAGCCAUUCGUGUUAUAACACUUGGGUGUUGGCCCUCGAUGCUUACUUCUCUUGGUAUCACUUCCGAGGAAGGUGAUAUUCUUCGAGGUUAUUGUGGUGGCGCACCGCUGCCACAACCAACCAUGCUUGAGGGCUCAAAAUUUUGA